AUGUCUGAAUUCAGUGAACUGGGCAAAGACGACAAAUUAGGACUUUUGAUGGCCGGCUUUCCUAAGAUUAUAAGGCUUUUAUCAGUUCUUAAUUUUAAUUUUGAGGGCAGAUUCUGGACCUUACCCUUUUUAUCCGCUGUUUUACUAUUCAAUCCAAACUGUUCAAUUCUGGUCCAUAGGCAUUUUAUUACAUUACAACAGAAGACUUACAUGUAUUUACUUCAACGCUAUUUAGAGAUUAAACACAACUCUAAGAGUGAAUCCGAGACCCGAUUCCGAAGAUUAAUGAAUUGUGUGAAUGAGUUACAUGUUAUCAAUGAGUUUCGUAUUCAAAACCGUAAAAACCUGGUUAUGAUUACAUCGACUCGAAAUAGUGAUCAUUUUUAUUAUUACUGCGGUGAUGUGGGUCAUUUCAUGAAUAGCACCGUACAGUUCAACACAUUUGUGGCCAUCGGAUGUACGGUUGGAUUGAACGGUAUCCUGAGCUCAGACGUCAAAAUAUUUCAGAUGCUGAGCGGAUCUAUUAGUCCGGCAGCUAUUGUAACCCUAUCGCAGAAUCGUAUCAACAUAUCACUCGUUGAGCACAUAGUCGUGUCGAUACCCCAUUCAAUCGUAUGGAAAGAAUUGCUGAACAAAACAUUGGAUUUUAUUGCUGGAAUUUCCGUGGAUUAUAUCGAUGAUUGCAGUAAUGUUCAUGAAUGCAUUACCUGA